UUUGACUCUCGUAGUGGAGUUACGAGACGUAACCAUGUGAACAUUUCCGUUUUCAUACGUGGAGCAGAUUUUACUUAGUUAGGAUGACAAAUCAACGGCAAAAUAAGUACGGAUUACAAAAGGAACUCUCGUAACGUUUCUCGAUGCGCAGCAGUAGGAAUCCAUCGAACGAACAAGCUGUAGCGCCACGUCAUUGUCAUGUGUAGGAAAUGUUCCAUUUCUUAUGCACCACAGUGAACAUUUGUUUUCCAUAAAAAGGAUUUAAUUUUAAUCAGAUAUACGUGCGGUGCUUUUAUAUUUGGUACGCAGAAUGUGUUGAAACAUCGUAACUAUCAGCAAAAUGCCACGCAUAGAUCCUUUAUCCUUACUCAGAUGUCUCAGUGUUUUAUUGGGCCCAACAGGAGGGAUAAAAAGUAAAGAAGAAGUUCAUCGAUUAGCUAACCUAAUGACAAAGUUUUCCAAGAAACUUGUUUCAAAAUGCAUUUAUAUACAAAUAUUAAAAACCACAAAUACGGAUUUGCUCAGUCAAUUUAUGACUGCUGGAGGAUGGAAUUUGAUUCACACGUGGCUCACAGAUGGCAUUCUUGCCAAAAAUUGGGCCCUCAUCCAGGAAUUACUGGAACUUAUGUUACUCUGCCCAGUGGAUAUCGAACGGCUAAAAAGCAAUAAUUCUCCGAAGUUAAUCAAGGGUUUGUCGAAAGAAGGUAGCCACCAAGGAGUACGAGUAUUGGCCAGCCGACUGGUGGAGCAAUGGCUAAAAAUCGUAAAGGGAGAGGCGGCACCGAACUCGGUACCUGCUCAAAUUAUGACAGUUCCGGUCCAGACAAGUACAGCCGGAGGACAAAACACAGUCGCUCUUUCGUCACAACAACAGCAGCAUUAUUCUGGCACGCAACAAAACGCAGAUGCUAUCGAGAGCGCAACUGUCCAUGUGCAGGACUUGAAGCUCGCGCAGCAGUUUACCGGAAACACCACAACAAGUCAAAGCCAACAAGAUCAAGAACAUCAUCAACAAGAGAGGCUACAGUCACAAACGGUGCAGCUACAAGUCGUCGGGAAAGCCCAGCAAGCGCAGAUACAGCAACAGCCGACGCAACAAAGCAAAAAGCAAUCCUUUGUUGUUGUAUCUUCGCAAUCCUCGGUCCCUGUUUAUAAGAUCACCAUUCGCGAUGGUAAUCAAGUCCUCGCGAAAGUAGAGACGGAUCCCGCAAAUAUAAAUAGCGUUCUAAAUACAUCUGGUACUACUGGUAUAGAGGUUAACGGAAAUGUUUCGGAUGUGACUGGACUUUCUGUGAAGCAGGAGGUGAAAAAAGCGGAGUCUGAGGAAUUGGAGGAGAAAACGCGACAAAGUGAUAGUGCUAGUACUACUAGUGGUCAGGACGACGCGGUAGAAACGAGACAGUCGCACAAUUCGGAACACGUUCCCAGUGAAGUGAAACAGACUGUAGUUAGUUCUAAGGAUAAUCACGACGUCGAUAGUGUUAAGGACAAAGACAAUAAGGACUCUAAGGACAUUGUUAAUAGUGAUAGCAGUAAGUCUAGUGAUAAGGAGAAUAGAGACUCUCAUAAAAAGGAUGAGAAAAAACCCAACAGCAGCUCUGACAAAAAAAGUAGUAGCCAUCAUCAUGGCUCAUCGUCUUCAUCGUCCAAAAGUUCUAAGCACAGUUCGAGUUCCGGUGCUCAUCGUACCAGCUCUCACAAGUCUGGUAGUCACCGCUCAGGUUCCAGUAGUAGUAGUUCGAAAAGUUCCGGCUCUAGCAAGGAUAGGUCUUCCAAGGACAAAGAUAAACAUCACUCUAGUUCGUCUAGUAAGCACAGUUCGAGUAGGAGUAAAUCUGAGCGAGACAAAGAACGAGAGAAAGAGAAACAGAAAAAGGACCAGGCGGAAAAGGAUAAAGCAACUUUGGAGAAGGUGCAGGGUCAGGCAUUGAGUUCUAAAUUGGGUAAAAUACCGAAGAAACGAUCGGAGGACGAAAAGUCAAAUGACACGAACGGGAGGAAAUCUUCGACUGAUUCGCGGGAUAGCUCGAAAGAGAAUAAAGAGAAGACGACGGACUCUUCGAAGAAAGUCGCUACAUUGCCUGAAAAGAAGAAUAUAUCGAUAUCUAUCGAGAGCAGAAAGAACAAUCAAGACUCGAUAACGCGGCCGAAAACAGUGAAGACAUUCAACUCGAAAUUCCGAUCCACGGGUUUGGAAGAAGAGGUAAAGCCACCGCCCCCGAGGUCAAAGAAGCCGAAUUCUGUCGUUGACAAGAAAGUUAUACCUCAAAAAAUAUCCAUUUUGAAGAGGUCAUCGCCGCUAAGAGAUACCGUCCCGCUUGUGGAGAAACGCGCGAAGCUGUCGCUGGAUUCGCCGACGUCACCGGCAGACGAGAAGAAAGGCGGGAUUAAGCUGAUACCACCAAAACCAAAACCGAUGAUGCUGCAAGAGAGCGAUAUGUUCAUGGAUGCUCUUACGGCAUCUACGAAGGGCAAGGAACAAAGAAAACGCAAACGCAGGAUUUCCAUCACGAAAGACGGUUCUUCAGAAGCUAAGAAACAGGAAACUCUCACUGUCGAAAAUCGCGAGAGUACACCACCACCUGCUUCGCCUUCGAAUCCAGAAGAUAAAUCGCCAGUUACCGUCAAGCCGAAUUUCAAGUUCUAUCAAGAUACUUUGGAAAUAGAAGAUGAUAAAGAACAAAAAGAAAAUAGCGAGGAAGAUUUGAAAAAGGACAAGGAUCUGGCAAUGGAUGAUGACAAGGAUAACAGAGAUGACGAUGACGGAAGUAACACGCCAACACCCGAAGAAGAUGUGGAGGAUGCGAAGGAUUCCGAAUCGCCGGAAGAUGCAUCUUCGAUAGUUUCGGAUUCAUCGAAAAAGGAUAAUGUUAAUUCUUACUCCGAAAUACGAUACGUAGAUGGACUUAGAAGUGUUUUACUACUUCAGAAACGUAAGGGACCAAAGAAGAUCUUAAAGUGGAAGACGGAUCUGGAAUCUAUACGUUAUUUCGAGUUAGAUGAAACAGAAAGAGUCAAUGUGACGAAGACGUUUACCGAUAUGAAACAGAUGGAGAAACAAAACGAGAGGGAAGCAUUUCAGAUGGCCAGAAAACUAAAUAACGAAGAUUUAAUGGAAGAAAGAACAAGGUGGAAGCCUUUAAUUCCUAUCGAUCUUCCGCCUCCCUUAGUGGAGCCUGGAAAAGACAGCAGGGAGAAAGACAUUCAAUAUGCUCGUGAAAAAGGCAUUCUUCAAGCGCUUUAUUUUAACCGAAGCAUGAUUCCGGAUUCUGCGGCCGAGCCAGAUGAGGAACGACACCACGUGGUGACCGACCCAAAGGUGAUACCAUUGGACGACCUUACAGGUAAUAAGGAAAGCGAGAAGGACUUUACGUCGGUUCCAUGGCCCGAACCCAAGCCGCAAUUAAUACCUCAACCGCCAGCGGUAACGACGUUCCACUACCCAACAUUCCCACACAAUCAGCAGCCGAUGAUGACGCCUAUGGGACCACAACAGGCAAUGGGUCCCAUGUCGCAGAUGCCACAACAGAUGAUGACUCCUACGCAUAUGGGUCCUAUGAGCCAAGAAAUGACAGGACCGAUGUCGGCCGGUGGUGGCGGUUGGAGAACCGGUGACGGCAAAGUCGUAGUACCCGAUGUCAGUAUGAAUCCCAUGGCGAACAUGUCUGGUGGUUUCAAUCAGGGAAUGGAAGGUGGACCAAUGGUUCCGCCUGGUAUGAUGGGUCCACCACCCAUGUACAACCAACAACAAGAGGGUUACGGUAUGAUGGGACCAGAAGACAUGGGUGGGUUCAAUAAUAUGAAUCCCAAUAACUUCCAAGGUCCACCUGGACCGAUGUACCCACCUGGACCCAAUUUCCCAGGACCCAGAGGGGUGCCCAUACAUAGUCGAGGUCGAGCUUGGUAUCGUGGUGGCGGACCUGGUAGAGGUGGUUGGAGAGGCGGUGGUGGCGGUUGGCGAGGAAGUGGCAAACAGCCGCCAGUAUGCCGACAAUUUUCUAAGAACGGUUAUUGUCGGGUGGGCGAUAAAUGCCAGUAUCUUCAUCCUGGCGUGAAUUGUCCACCGUUCUAAAUGUAGGACGAGGAUCAGGCAAUUGCAGCCUGUUCGAAAUGACGUAUCACGCUGUGUAAGAAUCUUACCCAUCACGUGUCGUCGUGUCGACGAUAAAGAUUUAUCUUCGCAGCAAAAAUCCUAGAGACGUUGACAAACAACGCGAAUGUGUAAAUGCAUGAGUGACUCGAUUACAUCGCCGAAGAAGCGCCGUGUAUCUCGAAAUCUCGUGUAUCUUCACCGGAAGGUAUAAUGAAUGACACAUAAUACCGUACAAAAAUCUCUCCAUGAUGCUGGUUAAAAUUCAUCUCCAGAGAGAGAUUAUCUCCGUAGAAAGUCGCUGAAACCGACGUAAACACAUAGAAGCCACAAAUAAUUUAAACACGCCAUAUUCUAUAUAAUUUAUUUUUAUGAGAACUCGUAAAUAUAUGGUUCCAUUUAGAUGUUCUCCAUAGGAAUAUAUUAGUCGCAAUCAUAGUCGCGAUAAUACGUUAAUUCAAUCUCGUCGUUCGAUUGUAAGACGGAUUGAUUCCCGUGUACCUAAGUUAUUCCUUAUGUUAAGUAAAUCUCGAUGUGCAAUUUUUUUUACUGUAUAAGUCUUAUUGUAUAAAAAUAGAAUGAUAGGACUCUGCGUUUAUUUAACAAUCAAUAAGCCUGUAAGUUUUUGUAAAUACAAUCGCAUUUUCUUAGCGUGAAUGAGCGCGUGCGCCACAGGGUGUUUUAUACUUGUCGCGACAUUUAAUGUCAUCAAGUAUGAAUGCAUAAUAAGAAAAAAAGAAAGAAAAAAAGAAUUUAACACAACUAUGUGAAACUUAUCGAUUGCUAGACGGUAUAGCGUCCACGUGAACAAUGCAGAAAUAAUUAAAAGAUUCUAUUUCUCGUAAAUUUUUUUUCUUCGACUGUUUACCACAUCCUAAAUCUCUUUGCUGCAGUACGUGAAAUCAUGUUGGCAUCUUAAUUUUGCGUUUUUGUUUCCUGUAAGUUGUCACUGUCGAGAUUACAAUUAUAUAAUAUUCUGUUUCGGAAUUAUAUAUGACUAAAAAGAAAUCAUAAAUAUCGUCCCAGACAGCACACAUGUCCAAAACUGGGACAUAAGACGUCUUUAAGUCGACUUUAAGAUGUCUGGACAUAAGAGGUCUUUAAGUUGUCUUAAAGAUGUCUUAAAGACAUCUUAUGUCCCGGUUUUGGACAUUGUGCUGUCUGGGGUUACUAUGUCGUAUAUGAAUUAUAUGAUUAUCACACGUACACAUCAUUAUUUUUGAAUUUUAUACAUUUCAAAUUGCGUUAUAUAAUAUCAUGUUUGCUUCACGCUGAAAACAGUAGAAUUCUGAAAUAUAAAUGGAUUAUUAUAAUAAUAUUCAAUAAUGGCAAAUAAUAGCAACAAUGGCAAAUAAUAGAACACCAAAAGUUUCAACAGUAAGCUUACUCCUUACGCUUUUUGUCAUAAUAAUUUCUACGUGUAGAUUCUCUGUAAAUAUCACGAUUGCAUAACAUAUAUGAAUCGAUAAUUUUAAUAAAAGGCAGGUUGGCUUAAAUAUAAGUUUUGUUGAUAUGUAACAAGUAGAGAACAAUUAUAAAAUAUUACACGAAAUUCUAUGUGUAUCAUCUAAGAUAGAAAGAUAAUCAAUUCGAUUUGGUA